CCUACAGGUGGGUGGGUACCUCUAGAGUACCUAGAGGGAUACUAGGUAGGUAGGUAGCCCAGCAAGUAGCUGGCUGCCUUGCCUCUCUUUCUUGCUCUAUCCGGAUCUCCCUCUCCGCUCCUCUCUUCCCUCUUCCUUACCUCUAGGUGGGACCUCUUAACCUCUCUCUUAUACAAUGUCUAGGUAGGUUAGAUGCUUACCCUCCGUCGGCACGUCGGCACGUCGUCAGAGAGGCCGGCUGCUGGCGAAGCCCAGGUCCGGGUCGAUCCAUGCCGUGUAGUAAGUUGGCGGAGAGGUAGCUCCCUGGUAUCUCGGCCCUACUCCCACGCCAUUGGCGAAGAUGUGAGCGCUUCUCGUUGUAGAGCAGCUUGCAGCUCUCACAAGCCAAUCGUCGUCAUCGUGCUCGCCCAGUGGCAUGUUUUUCCCUGCCUCUCUAACCUCGACUUCCCCUCUCUGCCUCCCUUCGUAUCCACCCGCAAAGUGCGCCGUCUCGGCCGCUGCCCUUUAUUUGUCCCCCCCCCUCGCGGACAGGUCUUUGUCUGGCUUGCGUCCUUUCGAUCCCCAUUGAUACCUAACCGUCCAGACCCCAACCUCUGCCAGACGAACAGACGGCCACGGAGAGAGAGACUUUGCGUGUGUGUUGAGUGUCGAGAGGAGAGGUUCCCACUCACCCAAUCCAGACCCCCCCCUCUCAUCCUCCCCUCCAGCUCCCAGCUCCCUCUGUCGACGACCCACCCCCUCAUCCGCCACCCUCGCAAGCAGCAGCUCGCCCAUCGUUUCUUUAACUACCUCAGCUACCCGAGCCCCUCAUAGACGGGUCUCGUUAGCAUCCCCAUCUUUUACCUGCUCAAGU